AUGUCUAAUGAGCGGACGCCGCUGAUCACCAACGUCUACGUUGGCGCACCGCGACCCCGCUACCAGAAUCACGUCGUCCGCCGUUUCUGCACAAUCGCUCUCUCCUCCAUUCUCAUCUUCUGGUCUGUCUUCUUCGUAGUCGCGCUCUUUGUAGAUGAUCCUCCUCGUCACCACCAUCAUCACCACCACGGCUGGUCCUUGACCAACAGCCUCAAUCGUGCCCCCAUCACCCACGAGGAAGUUCAGAAGAUUCUGUUCGAGGUUCCCUCGUCUGAAAGAGCAGAGGAGUGGAGCAGGUACUAUGCUGCCGGCCCUCAUCUGGCGGGUCAGAACUACUCCCAGGCUUUGUGGACUAAGGAAAAGUGGGGAUCUUGGGGCAUCCAGUCCGAUAUUGUCUCCUACGACGUCUACCUUAAUUACCCUGUCGACCAUAGCCUCUCACUUCUCUCCAAGUCUAAGGAAGAGGAAAAAUCCGAAUGGAAGGUUGAGUUCAAGGCCGCUCUUGAGGAGGACGUCCUCGAAGAGGACCCUACGACCAGCCUGCCCAACCGCGUGCCGACAUUCCAUGGCUUCUCUGCCAGCGGCAACGUCACCGGUUCUUUCGUCUUCGUCAACUACGGCACGUACCAAGACUACGAGGAUCUCCUCAAGGCAAACGUCAGCCUCGAGGGCAAGAUCGCUAUCGCAAAGUAUGGCGGCAUCUUCCGUGGUCUCAAGGUGAAGCGCGCUCAGGAGCUGGGCAUGAUCGGUGCCUUGUUGUACAGCGACCCUGGUGACGACGGUAAAGUCACGGAAGAGAACGGGUAUGAAGUCUAUCCCAACGGUCCUGCCCGCCACCCGAGCGCCGUCCAGCGCGGAAGCGCCCAAUUCCUCAGCGUGCGGCCCGGCGACCCAUCCACCCCCGGUUAUCCCUCCAAGCCCGGCGCCCCUCGUGCGCCUGUUGACGACGCUACUCCUUCCAUUCCUUCUAUCCCCAUCUCCUAUGCCGACGCCAUUCCUAUUUUGAAGGCCCUCAACGGACAUGGCCCCUCUAUCAAGGACUUCAACAAGUACUGGAACCGUAAUCUCGGACUCGGCUACAAGGGUGUCGAGUACAACAUUGGUCCUUCCCCUGAUAACAUCGUCCUCAACCUUUACAACGAGCAAAACUACACCACCACUCCUCUCUGGAACGUUAUUGGCAUCGUCAAUGGCACAAUCCCCAACGAGGUUAUUGUGGUUGGCAACCAUCGCGAUGCCUGGAUUGCCGGCGGCGCAGGUGACCCCAACAGCGGUUCUGCUGUCCUCAACGAGGUCAUCCGCGGUGUCGGUAUUGCCGUCGCCAGCGGCUGGAAGCCAACCCGCACCAUUGUCUUCGCCAGCUGGGACGGAGAGGAGUAUUCUUUGAUUGGCAGCACUGAAUGGGUAGAGGAGUAUCUUCCCUGGCUCUCCCAGGCCACUGUUGCCUAUGUCAACGUCGAUGUUGGUGUCCGCGGCCCGCACUUCAGCAGCUCCGCUGCACCUCUCCUUCACCGCGUCCUCCGCGACGUCACUCACCUCGUCCCCUCUCCCAACCAGACUGUUCCUGGCCAGACUGUUGGUGAUGUCUGGAACGGCUACAUCAGCACCAUGGGCUCCGGCUCCGACUUCACUGCGUUCCAGGACUUUGCCGGUAUCCCGUCUAUCGACAUGGGUUUCGGAGGUGAGAAUGUUGAUGCUAUCUACCAAUAUCACUCCAAUUAUGAUUCCUUCCACUGGAUGGAGAAGUUUGGCGACCCGGGUUUCGUGUACCACCGCACAAUGGCCCAGAUUUUGGGCCUGGUAGUUGCUGAGCUCUCCAAUGUGCCCGUCAUCCGCUUCAACGCGACUGAUUACGCCGACGCUCUCGACGCUUACGUCGACCAAGUCGAAACCAAGCUCACCGCGGCCGAGCCUACCAACGACGAGGAGCUCUUCAGGCAGCGCGCCAGUAUCACAGUCUCCGACGUCGAUAUUAGAGGCUCGCAGUCACAAUUCCGCGCCUCCCUGCAGGUUCUCCGCACUUCCAUCGCCGCCCUGCGCGAGAAGUCGGAGAAACUCGACGCUACGGCUGCCUGGGUCGAUGCGGAGCUCAAGUCCGACAUCCCUUGGUGGAACCUCUUACGCAAGAUCAAGUUGGCUCUCGCCUUUGUCUGGGUGAAUAAGAGCUACAAGGGUUUUGAGCGUAACUUUUUGUAUCCCGGCGGCUUGGACGGCCGUAACUGGUUCAAGCAUGUCGUGUUUGCCCCUGGUCUGUGGACCGGAUAUGCUGGAGGCGAAGCCGUCUACCCUGGUCUGCAGGAGAGCAUCGACGCCAAGGACUACAUUAAUGCUGUUAAGUGGUCUGGCAUCAUCAACGAGUGCGUCGCUUCUGCCAACAAGGCUAUCUGA